UUCUAUAGCAAUAUUUUCCGCUGGGAGACCACGAUCACUAUCCAGCUGAAGGACAUCCGAUGCAUCAAAAAAGGAAAAGACAGCGAAACUGAUUCCCAACGCCAUCCAAGUUUGCACUGAGAAUGAUAAGCAUUUCUUCACAUCGUUCGGGGCCCGGGACCGCUCCUUCCUGCUGAUAUUCCGCCUGUGGCAGAAUGCACUACUAGAUAAGACACUGUCCCCUCGAGAGCUGUGGAACAUCGUUCACCAAUGUUACGGUACGGAGCUGGGUCUGACCAGCGAAGAUGAAGACUACGUAUCUCAACGGGCUGCUGCUCAACGGCCUUGGGGGGAGCGAGGACUUUCCUGAAGGCCCUGAUCUGAGUGACACCUCCUCCAGGGGCGACACCAAGCUUGGCACCAGCCCUCCUUUGCCAGCCACUGACUCCUUCACCUCUCUUGCCAGCAGUGAUAGUAUGCUAACGCCAGCAGAGGAUUUGACCGGACAGUCGGACGCCUUGUCAGAUUCUCAGCUGGAUGGUUCCUCAAGCCAAACGGUGACUCCCCUCUCAGAGAUGGCCGGAACGGGAUUGCUGGACUCCAUGCCUACCUUGGACCGCAUGCCCAGCGAAGAUCUGCCUACCGAUCUGAGCAACAAUUCCACCCCAAGCUCCACCCAGGACGAGGAUGCCGGCGGAGUCUCUAAAGAUGCCAUUUCUUCAGACCUGCCUGGCAGGCUUCACAUCAACGCCGUGUACCAGUACGUUAACGCGGAGCGCCUACAACACGCGCUGGCCUUCGACACGAGAUUCAUGAGCGAAUUCAUGGAGCAUAGGAAGUUCACAGAUGUCAUAGUGAACCCCUGGGAAAGGGACAGCAGCGGAAGGCAAACCCGCGUUCUCAAUUAUACCAUUCCCAUUAAUAAUCCACUGGGACCAAAAACCGCCCCUGCAGUGGAGACUCAGACUCUCUACAAUCUAAAGGGCUCGGUGUUUGUCCUAGACACCCAAGUCAUAACCCAGGGCAUCCCGUACCAGGAUUAUUUUUACACUGCACAUCGGUACUGCAUCUCCGGCGUGGCCAAGAAUAAAGCUCGUCUCAGGGUGUCCUCAGAGAUAUGUUACCGAAAACAGCCUUGGAGCCUGGUACGGACGAUCAUCGAGAAGAACUCCUGGAGUGGGAUGGAGGAGCACUUUUCUCUUCUAGCCGAUGCAGUCGUCAAGUUUGAACAGUCCUGCGUGGAGGAGUUGGGCGGAAGAGAAAAACCAACCUUACGCCGCCGCAAGCGGACGCUGAGCUGGAAAAACCAUCACAACGACCCACUGAAUGUUGCCCCUCCACCGCUGGAGAGUGAGAGGGCAGCCCGCCACUCUAGAACGUCCGGCAGCGUCUCCUCGCAGCUCUCCCACCUGUCGGACCGAGGCUCUGUACAUAACAUCCCCGGCAUGCUAUUCGUCAUCAGUGUUGUCCUGAUUAUCCUGUUGGCCUUGAAUCUAAUG